GCAUUGUAAGUUAUAACCACACAUCCACAAAGCUUAUCCAACAUUGGUGCUGUGCAUCAACACUUCAUUCAUCCCAAAACAUAGCUGGGUUCUGCUAAGAAGUUAGAGAUGUUUGGGCAACUCUCACACGAGCUUGAGAUAAACGUGCCCGCUAGUGAAGCCUGGGAGCUUUAUGGCACGCUUCGGUUGGCAAAACUUCUUGAAGAAGACGGAACUCUCAUUCAGAAAUUUGAGGUCACUGAAGGUGAUGGAGGGAUUGGGACCAUUCUCAAGUUAACAUUUCCACCAGGCACACCUGGAUUUACUUAUUACAAAGAGAAGUUCACAAAGCUUGACAAUGAGAAACGCUUGAAAGAAGCAGAGGUGAUUGAAGGAGGAUAUCUUGAAUUAGGCUUUACUUUUCAUCACACUCGCUUUGAAGUCAUCGAGAUGGACAGUGAUACAUGCAUGGUGAGAACCACAAUUGAGUAUGAUGUCAAGGAAGAGGCUGCUGCUAAUGCAUCAUAUGCCACCAUCGAUGCAGUGGCAAAACUUGCAGAGCUCGCCAAAAAUCAUCUCAUCAAAAACAAAGCUUCUAAAGAUACACAUUAAUUAUGAAUCUUUGCAAUUUAUUGGUGAAAUACAACCUUAUUAAAUAACAAACUUGCUAAUUGUGGUAUUGAAUAACUUUUUAUGUAUUUAAAUGUUUCAAAUUGGUCAA